AUGGUUACACAAAGAAUCAAAGAAGCGGCGGAAAAGAGCUGGGAUUGGUACAGCAGCAGGACACCCAAGCAGGGCUCUGCUUCCAAUCCUUCACAACCGCUCGAAAACACGAGUAAUCAAUCCAAACCUUUCGAAAUUCUCAAGUUUCCCGAGUUGGGUCAAGGUACUGCCGAUCAAGAUCAAUCCGCUACUUCCAAAUAUUGGAAUUUGGCACAAAAUGCUGCUGAGAAUACGUAUUCGGCAGUCUCUGGCUAUGUGUCUUCCAUGAGUUUGUAUUCCAACAGUGGCAGUGAAGAUCGGAUCAUUUAUGACAAUGGCAAUUUCCCCCUCACCCCAUCCAACAACAAAGUGCAUCCUAGCUUGCUUACAAGUCCAGCAUUCUUGAACAUGUUUCAAAAUCCGUAUACCAGGGUCCGUGGGUUGCGAGGAGCUGACAAGCCCUCCUCCAUGGAUGCCGUUCGAACUCUGUUGAGUGUGACGGCACCAGAUGUGUCGGAAGGAGGGUACUAUCUGUCGUCACCACGGAGUGAAAGUGAUCCCGAAGACGAAGAAGAUUACAAUGUCAAUUCUCCCACUAUUGGUAGGCCCAUCUUUGAAACUCCGACUAUGGCCAACACGACCAAGUGGAUGGAAUCCAGUUCUUCCAUGGGAGUUGGCUUCUUUUUUGGAAGUCCUCAAGUCCGAAAACAUACGGAUGGAACCGAUUUUUCGAAUGCUGGUAAUGCUGCAAGUGCCCGUCAAGCUUCCCAAAUAGGCAAUACGCCUUCAGAAACGGCUUCUCAGUUGGCAGAAGGAACUCUGAGGGCGUUUCGGGAUAUUGCGUUGGACGAAGCGGUGGAAUUGCAUUCGGCAUUGCGGUAUUGGUCGUAUCGGUGGGAACGACCAUUUUUGUCGUGGUUGGAAGCAGGACCAACUGUUUGGUUCGCGGAAGAAGGUUACCAACAUCAGCUGGUCGGUCAAAAGGUGUCUCAGAUUCAAGCAGUAUUGGCUCGGCGGUGUGUCACUAUUGGAGACUUGCAGCAGCAUUUGUUGCGAUCCGGAUGGCAGCAAGGAGUGGCCAAGUGGGGAGUCUUGGGAGAUGGUGGGGACUUUGCGGCAGUGACUGGGUUUGAUGGUAGGAUGCCCGCUCCAGAAAAUGAUUCUGACGAAACCAAUAAUCAAACAAGUCGUUUUGGAGCCAGAACUCCCCGCAUCAAGUCCAGCAUAUCUCGCGUCUCGAGCGAGUUAAGUGAACUUCCCCUUCCUCCACCGCCAUCUGCUAGUGAUAUGCCGCGACAGACACCUGCGUCAAAGGCUGGAAAAUUGCCACACCAACGACGGCCUAGUUCCAUCUACUACACGGAUGUCUCGGUGCGCAAUACUUUCAAUGGGCAAAUUGUCACAGACAAUCCGGCACUUGCCGAGUGGUCGGUGGAUGCGAUGUCGUUGGUCCGACACCAAUUGUAUCGAGCGUGCAAUGGGCGGGUGACUUUGCCCUUUGUGGAGAAUUGGGCACAAGGAGAUGAUCAAUCUUUAUCCUAUGCCUCUGUGCACAAUUUUGUUGACGAUUCCACAGCAGUUACCAAUGAAUCGAUAGGCGACAAGAAAUUGCCGUUGUGGGCCACGGUGACCCCUCAAAGUGUGGCGCCAGGUGGUUCAAAUGCACCAGUAACUGAUGCAGACGACACUGCGCCAAAUGAAGAAGCUGUCAAGUACCGUGUCACAAUUUCCGACUUGCCAUUGAUGGUGCAAGAAGUAGCUGAAUUGCUGGAUGUCAUGGAGGGUGUCAUGCAAAUUCAACGAAACAGACGGCUGGACAAACUCAAGGAAGAUUCCAAGAUUCGCAGGAGCUGGUACGUUGUAGCCUUGGCAAUUCCCUCGAUAGCCUAUGUCAUGUUCAAGACACGAGACGAGCAAUAUGGAAUGGGAUACUUGAAGUACGCAGCAGAGAAACUUGUGGAAUUCUGCCAGGAGCAUGUUGUAUCUCCCCUUUGGGCAAUCUACAACGAGCUGACAUCAGGGAGGGCAGAGAACAUUAGCGACCACAAAGCUCGGGACAUUGUCAUCGAAAAUUUACAAAAGAUGAUUCGAGCUUGGCUGGACGAAGCCUACCCCAAAAUGCCAGAAGCAGAACGGGCGGCAAAGGCAUUGGCAAUGGACGUGGCGCUCAUCGAGAAUCAAAAGGAGGCGAGUAUGAGGACAAUCUACGAAUUGAAUAGUGUCAUUCGAUUGAGUUUCAUUGAGGCUCAGUUCAUCAAGAAGGAAAUGAUGAAUGCUUUGCUUGCUUUGGACGACAUGAGAGCAUCGACGAACUUCAACUUGAAUAUGGCAGCAGUUACUCCAUUUGUGUUGCUGAUGUACUUGACCAAGCGUGCUUUUCAAUUCGUCUUCUACGCUACCCUGAGACUGGGCAAAACAAGAGAAGAAACAUACGGUAACUUUCUCCACAUCUUGACGGAGAUCGAGCGGUUACUAAACAUCCGAGAUGCUCCUCCUCAGUUGCUGUAUGAAGCUGGGGGAUAUGCACCAAAUGCUAACCGAGUGGAUCGCGACCCCAAGCUGCUCCCAGACCAUCUGGGUGGAGACAGAGUUCUAAGCACAGACGAUUUGGGCAUGCUCAUGCUUCACAUCCAUACUCUUAAAACAAUUUUGUGGCGGGAUCAACGAAGGUUCUCGGCUUCCGUCAUUCGAAGUGUAGCGGAAGAUUUAUCAGAAUUAGCCGGUGAAAGAGGAGCAGUCAGUGUCCGUCAGCAGUUGCAGAUCAUUGCACGAAUGCAUCGCACCUAUCCAUUUUUGAAGGUAGCUGGAUGGGAUAUGAUCGGGUUUGACGGUCGACAAUAG